AUGUCUAGUAACGACAGAGCAUGUAUGCUAUGUGGAAUAGUGCAAACCACUAAUGAGUUUUCCAGGGAGGGCUGUCCAAACUGUCAAGGUAUAUUUGAAGAGGCAGGCGUCUCUUCAAUUGAGUGCACGUCGCCUUCUUUUGAAGGGCUAGUGGGCAUGUGUAAACCUUCCAAGUCAUGGGUUGCUAAAUGGUUGAAUGUCGAUUCGUAUAUACCUGGCAUGUAUGCCGUUAAAGUUGACGGUAGGUUGCCAAUCGAAGUCGUCGAUUUGCUUCCUCAUUAUAAGCCAAGAGAUGGUAGCCAGGUGGAGUAA